CUGCUGUGUGUGGGUUGUGUUUUGUGCCACUCUGCAGAGUAUACCAACCUUCCAUUUUCCGAACGAGAAAAAAAAAGUACAAUGUCGACGUCAAGCAACAAUAUGAGAAUCGAGCAAGUGAAAUCCAACACGCGUGAACAGCGUGUGGCUGCGCAUUCUCACAUUAAAGGUCUCGGUCUUCGUGAUGACGGAUCCGCAGAACCGAUCAUGGCCGGUUUUGUUGGACAAGAAAACGCGAGAGAGGCAAGCGGCGUGGUGGUGGAAUUGAUCAAAUCCAAGAAAAUGGCUGGACGUGCACUGCUGUUUGCCGGUGCCCCUGGUACAGGUAAAACGGCGAUUGCCAUGGCCAUUUCGCAGGAGUUGGGUCCCAAGGUUCCAUUUCGACCUAUUGUCGGUUCCGAAGUGUACUCGUCGGAAAUCAAGAAAACCGAAGUGCUCAUGGAGAACUUCCGACGGGCUAUCGGCUUACGUAUCAAAGAGACAAAGGAAGUGUACGAAGGCGAAGUCACCGAAUUAACACCCGAGGAAACCGAAAAUCCUUUGGGCGGCUACGGAAAAACCAUCUCUCACGUUAUCAUUGGAUUGAAGACAGUCAAAGGUGUUAAGCAACUGAAGCUCGAUCCCAGCAUUUACGAAUCCAUUCAGAAAGAAAGAGUCAGUGUCGGUGACGUUAUUUAUAUCGAAGCAAAUACAGGCGCGGUCAAGCGUGUGGGUCGUUCCGACGCGUAUGCUACGGAAUUUGAUUUGGAAGCAGAAGAAUACGUACCAUUGCCUAAAGGCGAUGUUCACAAAAAGAAGGAAAUCAUUCAAGACGUUACACUCCAUGAUUUGGAUGUCGCCAAUGCCAGACCUCAGGGUGGACAAGAUAUCAUGUCCAUGAUGGGACAACUGUUGAAACCAAAAAAGACGGAAAUUACCGAUAAACUGAGGAAGGAAAUCAACAAGGUGGUGAACAAAUACAUUGAUCAAGGCAUUGCAGAAUUAGUGCCUGGUGUUCUCUUUAUUGAUGAAGUCCACAUGCUGGAUAUCGAAUGCUUCACUUACUUAAAUCGAGCUUUGGAAUCUCCCUUGUCUCCCAUUGUUAUUUUCGCCACUAACCGAGGCAUGUGUACUAUUCGUGGUACGGAAGAUAUCGUGUCGCCUCACGGUGUUCCUGUGGAUCUGUUGGAUCGUCUCCUUAUUAUCCGUACAUUGCCAUACACCAUUGACGAGAUUAAAGUGAUUGUCAAUAUCCGAGCAAAGACCGAGAAUUUAGCCAUUGAAGAUCCCGCGGUCGAUCAUAUUGCGGAUUGCGGUGUCAACACCUCCCUUCGAUACGCCGUUCAGCUUUUGACCCCCGCCAGUAUUUUAUCCCAAAUCAACGGCCACAACGCCAUUACCUUGGACGACGUAAAAGAAGUCGACGAUCUCUUUUUCGACGCCAAAAAAUCGGCCAAAUACUUGACCGAACAAGAAGCUCAAUUCAUCAUUUAGAAUCCCUGAUCCUGGAUCCAACCAAUAAAAAUAUAUGCAAAAACUUUGUACAGACAACAAAAGAAAAGAAGCAUUCAGUAAAAAUG